AUUUUCAGGAAUGACGAGAUUUGAGUAACAACAAUUCAGGGGUCCAUUUCGUUUACGGAAUACAUUGUUAUCAAGAGGCGGUUUUAAAAAAAAACCCUAGAAGCCAGCCGCCGACAUUACACACUGCGGUACGCCAGAAUAAAGCCAAAAGAACCGCCUCCCGAUUUAACAGUAAGAGAGACGAACCAGGUUGCGGGCUGUGGGUGCGGAAGAGCCAGUCCCAUCCAUCCUGUUGCAGUGGUGCUGUAUUUGUACUCCGACGAACAACAGACGGAGACUAGACAGGACCCAUUGUCUCUGGGACAUGCAUUCGUGUCCGCAACACCAACGAGACUGACCACAAUCGCCAAUUGCGUUCGAACCAUAACCAUGUCCUCAUCGGCCGCGCCAUCGAGUUCUGUCCAAUCAGCAGCCCAAGGUCCCGCCGCCUCCAACAAGAAGAAAGGAAAUAAGAAGAAGAAGGGCAACAAGAGUACUGGUCCCGGUGGCAGCAAGAGUGACAUCGCUGCCCCUGAUACACCAAACAAUCCUGCGCUCGGAAUACACAAAAACGGAGAUAAGGAUGGCGCUGAGAGCACUGCGGUCGAGGAACUGUCAGAGGAGCUAGAAACUCUCGGUCUGGGCCCAUCAAAUCCGCUGCCAGAACAAGACACUGUGCCAGACAAGUCGGGUACAGAACCGGGCGGCGCCGACAUAGAAGGAGCAGAAACGGGAACAGAACUUGAAGCCGACUCGACAUCCGCCGCCAACGGCCAUGCAGGGGCAAACGGACACGCACCAACCGGGACAAUAUCAGGGGCCACGAGCGCCAAGUUAGAGACCAUGUCACAGGAUCGGGAAGCCCUGCGGCUCGAGGUGGAGCAGCUGCGGAAGCAGCUCGAGAGCAUACAAAAGGCGCACAAGCAGGAGAUCACACAGCUGCGGGCCGACCUGGACGAGAGCGAAGCGGCCAAGGAGCACGCCGAGACACAGUACGAAACACUGCUAAACCGCGUUGAGAAGAUCAAGGAGACGCUGGGCGACCGCCUGAAGCGGGACAAGGCCGAGCUAGAAGAGGCCAAGGACCGCGUGGAAGAACUCGAGGCGCAAAACGACGAGCUGCAGAAGAGCCUGGCCGCGCGGGAGCGGGAAGCAGACCGCCUGCGGGAUGAGGUGCAGGAACAGGGGCGCGAGCUGGCCAGUUUGCGCAGCCGGAGCAACCUCUCGCAGCAGAACUGGUUGAAGGAGAAAGACGACAUGGCAAGGCAAAUGCAGCUACUCAAGACCGAGCUCGAGUCGACGACGGCCGCCAUGGGCGAGUGGGAGGUCAUUGCCAUGGAGGAGCGCUCUUUACGCGAGAGCCUUGCUGAUAAGGUGGCUGAUCUCGAGGACCAACUCGCCAGCGCGCGGGAAGCGUAUGAACGGGCCGACUCGGACCGGGAGACACAAUCGCAAGCCGUCGACCGUCUUCAGCGGGCGCUGCAGGAACUACAAGAGACACGGAAGAGGGAAUUGCGGGAGAUGGUCGAGUCGACAGAAGAACAAGUGCAGGCGCUCAAGAAGCUUGCGCAGGAGGCCGAUGCCCGCGCAGCCGAGGCAGAAUCGGCAAAGGCGACGCUAUCAAAGGAACUCGAGCGGACCGCGCCGUUUGAGAAGGAGGUCAAGGAAAAGAACCUGCUGAUUGGCAAGCUCCGACACGAGGCCAUUGUGCUGAACGAUCACCUAACCAAGGCCUUGAAAUACAUCAAAAAGACCAAACCUGAAGAGACCAUCGACAAACAACUCGUAACGAACCACUUCCUCCAAUUCCUCUCCUUGGACCGCUCCGACCCAAAGAAAUUCCAAAUCCUCCAAGUCAUGGCCGGCCUCCUGAACUGGAACGACGAACAGCGCGAAAAGGCCGGAUUAGCGCGGCCCGGUGGCGGCGGCGGCAGCGGCAACACGCUCCGGCUCCCGAUGUCGCCGUUCCACCGCACGCCAAGCUCGCCGGCGCUGAACAGCGACUUCUUCUCCGAGCCGGCGUCCAUGACUUCGUCGACGACGCCCGGCGGCGGCGGGAAGGAGUCGCUUGCGGAUCUGUGGGCCAGCUUUUUGGAGCAGAGCGUCGACGAGGCGGCCAGCGGUGGCGGGCCGUCGAGGAAGGAUAGUAUGGCCAGUGUCAGCACGGCGGGAGGAAGGCCGGAUAUCCGAGGGCAUAGCUAGCGUGCGUGGCAUGGCACGGCAUGGCGUGUUGGGGAUUGAUCAGGUGAAGGGUAGAGGUGGCUGGCACUGCCACUCGUCAUAUCACAUUGUAUGUAUGUUGGAAAACAAGCCUACAGCGGCGUCUGCCAGCGGGUAUUGGCUUAGAUAAACAUCACUGUUCAGGGGAACUAUCUCCAGCAUACUUCAU